AUGGCGGAUAACCGCGAUAGUAUCCGUUGUCGCAAAUCAUCCAACCCGUACACCAGGCAAGACUUGAAGAACGCCAUUAAUUUGAUCGUUGAUCGCGGCACCUCGAUUCGCCGGGCGGCUUUCGUUUGCAAUGUGCCGCGCACCACACUGUCGACCUAUUUGAAGUCGCUAAAGCACGGCAAAAUAAGCAAACUGUUGCCACAGGAAGAGCAAGCCCUGUACCAGUGGAUGACCGACUGCUGCAAAAGGGGCUUUUCGAUCAAGAAACGUAACGUGGAAACGGCAGCGGAAGCACUUGUCCAGAAGAAUAUGCCUGCCCGCUCCCAUCCAUUCCAGGAUACAGAGUUUGGACGGCGAUGCUAUCAGAAAUUCGUGAAAAGAUGGCUUUCCAUUGAUCGCGUCAAAGAUCGCAAACAUCUCGGUGCCAUAAUGGAUUGGUAUCUGCACAUCGAAAGCUACCUGAACGAAACGAAUUUGUUCGACAUUUUAAACCAUCCGGCGCGUGUAUUUCUGUGCGAUGAAUUGCGCUUCCGCGAGCGGGUCGAAAUGAAUGAGAGCGUGCGGACGUUGCUGAAAAAGAUGACCAUGCUCUACACCUUCUCGGCGGACGGGCAACAUCUCUCGCCGCUGCUCGUAUACCCGUACCGACGCGACGUUCCACCGCACAUAGUGCAGGCGGCUCCGAAAAACUGUGCCAUAGUAGCCCACGAGUAUGGACAAGUGACGCCAAAGACGUUCGCCGCCUACCUGGACAAGGUGGUGGAUAAGUUUGUGACAACGCAUAACAUUCCCAAACCGGUGCUGAUGUUUGUGGACGAAUCGCAGGUAGACCUGACACUGCACCUGCACAACACCUGCAAGCGGCUGGGCAUCAUACUGAUCGGUUUAUCGGCCGCCCAGGUCGUGAAGCCUACUGCGAAUGCAUUUAACGAUAUCUGCAACGGAUGGGAACAGGAGCUUCCCAAGUGGGAAACGGACAAUGGGUGCGAGUUUACAUUGGCUGCGUGCGCUGGACUCAUGCAGCAAAUCAACCAAAGAUACAUCAAAAGCACGGUGCUGGUGAAAGAUUUCGCUGACAGUAAUUUGUGCCCCUGGAAUCGGCCCAUCCGUGAGCCGAUCGCUGAUAUUGCGGUCGCAAUGAAUGACGAUAUGGAGCCGGAAGAAGAGGACGACGACGAUAUUGAAAUUGAACAUUUCCUAGAGAAUGUUGACGGCUGGUCAGAUGGGGACGAUAAUGAAGAAGACUUGGAUUUGGAAGACGAUGUGCACAUGGAUGAAUUCAACGACCUGGACGGCGAUGACGAGGAAAAGGAUGCAAUCAAGAACAAAGCUGACGAAGGUAAAGACGGGAGCGUUAAUAAGAACGCACCGAAACCUAGCACAGGCGAUUCUGCUUCAACAGAGCUUGCAAAGCCGGCUCCGGUUACCGAAGAUAAGCCCAAGCUUACCGAUGCUGGCUGUUCGAAGCCAGUUGAGAAGCCUAAUGGGAAUGCUACCACCGAUGGGAAAGCACCGCAAAUAGGCUCCAAUUCAGAGACGGAUGAUAACGAGGAUGGACCACCGGACGAUAUCGACAUUAGUAUUAAUUUCAUCGAUUUCAAACGUGCCAUUGGUAGUGAGCUUACGGAGAAGUUUGAACGCAAACUUGAGAUCGAAAACCGUCUACCGCUGGCUAACCAUGCCGAGAAUGUACUGUUUGACAUUUAUCGUCAAUUUCGUUGCGACAUCGUCACUGAUAGUGAUGAUGAUUACGACAUCGUCGAAGUAGGCGACGAUUGA